UAGCCUCCAAGGACUUCACCAUGGAGUUCAGGGUUUGGGAUAUCUGCUGGUUUAUCAUCUUGACCCUAGGAUGGACCAAGGCUCAGACUCAGACCGAUACCAGGCCUGUUUUCAACUGUGGAGGACACCUGGUGACAGACUCAGGCAUAGUGGCGAGUGAAGGCUUCCCCAGUCAAUACAAACCCAACAGCAAAUGCACCUGGUACAUCACAGUGCCCGAGGGUCACGUGGUCAUGCUGUCCUUCCGCCUCUUUGACAUGGAGGCGGACCCCACUUGUCGCUAUGACUACCUGGAUGUGUAUAACGGGCACACUCGCCUGGUGCAGAAGCUGGGGCGCUUCUGUGGAACAUUUCGACCUGGGGCUCUGAUCUCUACCUCUAACACCAUGAUGCUGGAGAUGGUCUCUGAUGAGGCCACGUCUGGACGAGGGUUCCUCGCCUUUUUCAGUGCGGGGAAGCCACACGUGGAAGAGAACCAGUUCUGUGGAGGCCGUCUCACCAAAGCUCAAGGCUCCGUGAAGACUCCAAACUGGCCCAACUCUAACUACCCAGCGGGCAUCAGCUGCUCCUGGCACAUCUCUGUGGAGCCCAGCAAUGUGAUUGAGGUGAAGUUUGAGAAGUUGGACCUGGAGCCGGAUACAUACUGUCGCUACGACUACGUGGCCCUGUUUAACGGAGGAGAGACCGAUGACUCCAGGAGAAUUGGCAAGUUUUGUGGAGAUACUGUGCCAGGAACCAUAGUGACCAAUGGGAAUGAGCUUUUGGUCCAGUUUGUAUCUGACCUCAGCGUGACCUCGGAUGGCUUCAUGGCACUUUACAACAGCGUCCCCCGGGGUUCUCGUAGACCAACGGCUGGAGGGGACUUUAUUUUUAGCUCUCCCAGCAGCUCUGCUCCAAAACCUACUUCCAAGCCCACAUCCAAGCCCACAACCAAGCCAACCAAGCCUGCCAAGCCUACCAAGCCUACCAAGUCAACUAAGCCCACCAAGCCCACCAAGCCUAUUAAACCAAUAAAACCUACUCCGAAACCAAAAGCAAGCCUCAAACCUACCACGAAACCAAUAAAAACAAAAGUGACUCUGCCCUUGAAGCCACCUGCACGCAAGCCCACCCCUAAACCAGGACUGAAACCUAGCCCCAAGCCCAAACCAGCCAGACCCACUCCACCGACGAAGAAGAAGCUUGCACCGAAACCUGCCACUAAACCAGUAGUCAAAGUUACACCGAAACCAAAGAUUAUCAAACCAACAAUGAAGCCCAGAGUUAAACCAACCAAAAAGCCAGCAGCUCCUAAAGUGAAGCCCACAUUAAAAACAGCCAUUAAACCAGUGAAGCCUACGCCAAAAACUGGUUUAAAGCCCACGGUGAAACCAAAAUGGAAGCCAAAAGCCACCCCCAAAACAGGAGUCAAAACUGUGACCAAGAAGCCCUCUGUGAUCAAGAAACCGUUACCACUGAACCCCCAGUGCACACAGACCUGUAAGAGGACAGGAACUCUGCAGUCCAGUUUCUGCCCUCAUGACUUUGUGCUCACAGGUAAAGUUACAUCUGUGACUAUGGGUCCAAGAGGCUCUGCUACAGUGGAGGUGUAUCUCAUAAAGGCCUAUAAGCCUGGACGCCUGAAUAUCACUAAGUCUGGCCCCAUCAUGUCCGUCACUCUGCACUCUGCCUGCAAAAGAUGCCCCGGACUCCUCAAAGGACGUAAUUAUGUGUUAAUGGGAAAAGUUGACCCUCAGGGCAAUGGUCAGCUGACUCCAUCCAGCUUCACUCUUCUGUAUAAACCCAUCCACGCCAAGGCCCUCGCCAAUCUGACCAGCAAAAAGUGCUGACCAAUCACGAUGCCCGGUGUUUCGUCAGUAAGUGGAAUGUAAUGAGACCAGAAUACAUGUAUCUUUGACACAUUUUACUGCACAUUUUUUUUAUAAACAUUGAAGUAUAAAUCGAAUCCUGUUAUAUUUUGUAUGUAAAUUAUAAUAAUGUGAUUUUUUAAUCAGUAAAUAAAUGGCGUAAAACUGG